AAGUCCCAUCACCAUCUCCUUUCCGUUGUAAACGUUCACAUUCCCGCCAUCAUCGCGCGUUCACUGUCAACAAGAGACCCACCGGAGACCAGGUGAAUGCCGGCGAAACUAACUUUCUGUUCCCGGAGGACAACCCACAAACACCGAACCACAUUCUGCGCGUCCGAAGGCGCGUGCUCCGCCGUCUUCAGGAAUCUUGUGGCGGUGAGCUGUUGGGGCAAUAAGCCAUGGCAGCCUUCGUGCCCAAACUCUGCAGUGGUGGUACAGUAAAGAUCCGGUUCAACAGCAUGGACCUGGGCACCACCAAGUGGAGAGAGGGAACGUUUGAGAUCCUGGAGAAGGACAACAAGGUCAGCCUGAGCUUGAGAUACAGCAGCGGUGGAGCAGCCAGGACCUUCCAGCUGAAUCAGAACGUGAAGAGCUUUACCCAGAACCUGAACCGGAUCAUGCUGACCCUGAAGGACAGCAGCAUCAUCACCCUGGAUAAAAUGCCCGUCCAGCUGGUUCAGAGGACCAAGGAGUUCCUGGAGAAACUGAAGCAAGGAAAACCGGUCUUGAAAUCGUCCCAUGGAAGUGCCAACUUCGGCGUGCUCGGCAACCGGCCCAUGAAGAACGAGAACAGCCCGUCUGGGGACAGACAGACCACGCCGAGGCGGCAGAGCGCCGACGGCCGGGACGACUCCACCCCGCGGAAACCUCUGAGCAGCCCGAGCAGAGCGGCCUCCACGCCGACACGCAGCGGACUCUCUGAAAACAGGGGGGAGAAGAGGAAGAGGCUGCUGAACUCUGAAAGCGACCUAACGGAGGAUUACCCCAAGGAGAACGACUCCUCCAGUAACAACAAGGCCACUUUGGACCCGUCCAGGAAGUUUCUGCUGAGCUGCAAAGAUAAACUGAAGCAGACGGAGGAGAACCGGAGCUCAGCCCCGCUGAGCUCCGCUCCUCUUCAGCCGACGUCGUUCUACGGCAGCCGAUCUGGAACCAAAGACUACGGCCAGAGCCACUCGUUCCUGGACAGGGCGUCCGGCGCCGCUCAGACCUCCACCACCAAGAGAAGCCUGAUGCUGCCCAACCACUCCACUCCCUUUAAGAAAGUCCGUCCAUCUCUGGAUUACGGCUGGAACAAGCAGAGACCGUCCAGCCUGGCGCAGCCGCAGCCGCCCCUGCAGGGGUUCUCCAACCUGGGCAACACGUGCUACAUGAACGCCAUCCUGCAGUCGCUGUUCAGCCUCCCCUCCUUCUCCAACGACAUGCUGAAGCAGAGCAUCACCUGGAAGAAGGUUCCUGUCAACGCCUUGCUCAGGCGCUUCGCCCACCUGAUGGUGAAGAAGGAUGUGGCCUGUCCAGAAACCAAGAAGGACCUGCUGAGGAAGGUGAAGAACGCCAUCUCCUCCACGGCCGAACGCUUCUCUGGAAACGUGCAGAAUGACGCUCACGAGUUCCUGAGUCAGUGCUUGGAUCAGCUGAAGGACGACGUAGAGAAGAUGAACAAAAGCCUGGCGAUCGACACGGCUGCUUCCUCUUCCUCCUCUUCCUCCUCGGUGACGUGUGACAACGCUCCGGAGGCGGCGAUGACACCCGGCGACGAGGCCGACACCUCCCGCAUCUACACCUGCCCCGUGGCCGUCAACAUGGAGUUCGAGGUGCAGCACACCAUCACCUGCAAAUGCUGCGGUGAGGUGGUGAACAAACGCGAACAGUUCAACGACCUUUCCAUCGACCUGCCGCGCAGGAAGAAAACGCUGCCGCUGCGCUCCAUCCAGGACUCCCUGGACCUCUUCUUCAGGAUGGAGGAGAUUGAAUAUUCGUGUGAAAAGUGCAGCGGGAAAUCUGCAACGGUUACUCACAAGUUCAGCAAACUGCCCAGAGUCCUCAUCCUCCACCUGAAGAGGUACAGCUUCAACGCCCAGCUGUCCCUGAACAGCAAGCUGGGCCAGCAGGUUCUGAUCCCGCGGUACCUGACGCUGCUGUCCCACUGCACCGACGGCACCCGGGCCCCCGUCAGCCUGAGCUGGACCCCCCAACCCGCCACGUCCAGAACCCUGAAAACGUCGCAGUCGAUCAACUGCUCCACGACUCCUCAGAGGAGGGUUGGAGGGAAAUCCUCCAGCUGCAGCUCCGUCCUGCUGGACUCGGACUACGAAGACGAACCCACCAGGAAGGUGAACGUGAGCCGCAGGCGGCGCCUGAGCAUCUGCCUGCCUGAAGAGGACGACCGUCCAGAGGAGAAGCCGGCGGCGGCGGCGAUGGAUUCGUCAGAAUUCAGUGGCAUAAACGACGACGAGAUGUUAGCCGCCGUGCUGGAGAUGAGCCGACAGGAAGCCGGGCUUCCUGCUGCGGCGCCGCUGGAGGACGAGCCGACCAGCAGCCCCGACACCGGGUUCGGAGACUCGGACGUUCACGACCUGGCUUAUCACACGGAGCUGCUGGAAACGGACAGCAAGCAGCCUGCAGACGUCCUGGACUCUCUGGAUCUGACCAUGGAUGAGAACAAGGAGAACCAGACCCCGGAGGGCGCGCAGCCGCAGGGCGAGCUGGACUGGGUCCAGCAGUACAGCCUGGACCAGGAGCGGGAGCGGGAGGAGCAGGAGCUGCAGCAGGCGCUGGCCCAGAGCCUGCAGGAACACGAAGCCCAGGAGAUGAGGGAAGACGACGACCUGAAGAGAGCCACUGAGCUCAGCCUCCAAGAGUUCAACAACUCGCUGCCGGAGCUGCUGGGUUCGGACGACGACUCCGGGAACGAGGACGUCCUGGACAUGGAGUACACUGAAGCCGAGGCGGAGGCGCUGAAGAGGAACGCCGAGGCCGGAGAGCUGGCCAACUCCUACAGACUCAUCAGCGUCGUCAGCCACAUCGGGAGCAGCUCUUCCUCUGGACAUUACAUCAGCGACGUCUACGACAUGAAGAAGCAGUCGUGGCUGACCUACAACGACCUGGACGUGUCGCGCACGCAGGAGGCCGCCGUCCAGCGGGACCGCGACCGCAGCGGGUACAUCUUCUUCUACAUGCACAAGGAUGUUUUCGAGCAGCUGUCGGAGGCGGAGCGGUCCGGAUCCAGCAGCGCCUCUGAAGCAGGAAGGAACGUCCUGCAGCCGCUCUGAGCUCUGCACAUCCUGCCGGUUCCUGCUAGGUGGCGCUGUCCUCCGUUUGUUCCUCUACUCAGACGGCAAAGUGUUAACGACUCAAACGUUCAGCGGAUCAAACUUUGCCUCCGUGUCUGAGGCCAUUUUGUUUUUUUCUUUGUUUUGUUUUUUGUCCUGGUUUCAGCAGAGCUGCUGGUUCUGGUUCCAUGUUUGCAGAUCCUUUAGUUCUCUACUGAAUAAAGAAAUUCUAUGUUGGAGUAAA